UCUCUCUCUCUCUCUCUCUCUCUCUCUCUCUCUGACUCUUCCCUAUUUUGUAAGCAAACCCCACAACCAUCACCAUCAUUAUCAUCAUCAUUCCCACCCUAUGAAGCUUCUUUGUUAUCUUUCUCUCUCUAUAAAUCCUUCUCUUAUCUUACAUCACACCCGUUGGAGAGCAAAUUGCUCAUCAGUGGAACACUGCUUCUGGGGUCCGGAUCAUACAGUAGUGCACAAUGAGGAAGCCCGAGGUGUCUGCAAAAAACAGCUCCAACAUUAAUAACAAGCUUCGAAAGGGCUUGUGGUCACCUGAAGAAGAUGACAAGCUCAUGAACUACAUGCUAAACAGUGGACAAGGUUGUUGGAGCGAUGUAGCCAGAAAUGCUGGCCUUCAAAGGUGUGGCAAAAGUUGUCGCCUUCGAUGGAUCAAUUACUUGAGGCCUGAUCUCAAACGAGGUGCAUUCUCUCCACAAGAAGAGGAACUCAUCGUCCAUUUGCAUUCCCUUCUCGGAAACAGAUGGUCUCAAAUAGCGGCGCGCUUGCCUGGGAGAACUGACAAUGAAAUUAAGAAUUUUUGGAAUUCAACAAUAAAGAAAAGACUGAAGAACAUGUCAGCCAACACCUCACCAAACGGAAGCGAGUCCUCAUAUGAGCCUAACAAAGACCUUAACAUGGCAGGGUUUACUACUUCUAAUACCCAUCAAGAUCAACAUGCUGAUUUUAUGCCUAUGUUCAAUUCAUCAUCAUCUCCAUCACCAUCCAUGCAUGCCACAGUUCUCAAUUCCAUUAUUGACAGGUUGCCUAUGCUAGAUCAUGGACUAAACGUGCCAGUUUCGGGUGGAUUCUUCAAUACUACUGGGCCAUGCUUCUCAACGCAAAGUGGAGUUGAUCACAAAGGUUUAUAUUUGGAAAAUGGAGGAGUAUUUGGGAGUGUAAAUAUUGGGGCAGAAGGGGAUAUGUAUGUUCCUCCUCUAGAGAGUGUUAGCACUACUUCUGACCAUAACCUGAAAGUGGAGAGCACCUGCAACACAGAUACUAACAAUAGUUACUUUGAUGACAUAAACAGCAUCAUCCUUAAUAACUGCAGCAACAAGAGAACUGAAAAUAGGGCUGGAGUGGAGAAUUUAUUUCAACAAGAGUUAACCAUGGGAGAGUGGGACUUGGAGGAGUUGAUGAACGAUGUUUCAUCCUUUCCCUUUCUUGAUUUUUCAAAUAUCCAAUAAGUGCUCUCUCUUUCCCUUUUUCAAAGUCUUCUGAGGAUCCCAUUGGCUGCUAGCCACUCAUCAUUGGAAUCAGCACCUCCAUAUAUAUAUAUAUAUAUAAACAUAUAUGUCCAUUCAUAUUAGAUAAGCUUGGUGAUCUCCUAAAAACCUUGUAAUUUGUACUUUUGCCAUUAUACCGGGGGAGCAAAUUCACUGAUUAACAAGGUACUUAGGUCAAAAAAUAAAAGUAAAUCAUGUAUAUCUGCAGGAUUGGUGAUCAUGUGUAAUUAAAUUACUCGUCAUCUUGAUGGCAUUGAUGAGGUCACUUUUAUCCGGGGAAGCCAUUGUAGUUAUUUACAAUAAUAAUCUGUUAUACUUGUGAAUUAGAUGUGAAUAGAUUGUAAAACAUUAUUUUUCUGUUCAA